AUGACGUCUCCCCCGAGCGUUAUCGCCGUGCGAGCCAUUGAGCUACCUCCAAACUCGGCUACCAUCGGAGCACUAUAUGUUGGCUGGGGUAUUUCUAUGCUUGGCUUCGGUAUAUUCUGCCUCCAAGCUGUGAUCUACUUCACUCGAUAUGUCAACGAUUCGCGCUGGCGUAAGCUUCUCGUCUCAUUCAUAGCCUUACUCGAGAUCACUCACCAGGUGGUUAUUGGCCAUGCGUGUUGGCAGUAUAUCGUAAGGAACUUCGGAGAUGCCGAGGAGACGUUCGUCUCGAGGGCGGUGUGGAGCUUUAGUGCGGUUGUAUUUCUCAACGUGCUCGUAUCUGCCGUAGUGAAGAUAUUCCUUGGGUGGCGCAUCUACAUCAUCAGCAACGGCUGCUACUGGUGGCUGGCCUUGAUUAGCAUCAUGGCCGUAACUCAGAUGUCGCUUGGCAUAUCGUUCUCGGUUGAGGCUUCUCAACAGCCAGUCAACUCUCUCUUUGCUCUGAAGUCGCUCGCCACGGCCGCUCUGGCAAUAGGUGCAGCGACGGAUCUGCUCACUGCGGCUGUCCUCACUUACUAUUUGCACACCAUGCGAACGGGUUACGCAAAGACUGAGGGGAUUAUCAACAAAUUGAUCAUGUUCAGUGUCAACACAGGAGCCAUUACGUCGGCGUUCAGUCUUUCCGUCGUGAUUCUGUUCCAACUGAUGCCGCAUAACUUCAUCUUCGCCGCGAUAUGGUUCUUCGUGUCUAAGCUCUACUCCAACUCUUGUUUGGCAACGCUCAAUUCGCGCUCUACCGAGCAAAGAGGCAAGGACGCGCACAGCUCCUCUGACGGCGUGAGCCAUGCGCUGAGCAUCUUCCGUCCUCGCUCUCGAACAAACCCGGUCGACCUCUAUAGCAAUAAGGAAAGCCAGCCCCCUCUUCAUAUCAGUGUAAGCCAAGAGGUCUCUGUCGUUCAGGACGACAAGUGUACGCUCCGAGGAGCUCUGUGGAUGUCCACAUAUUGCACGCAGAUUGAUAAGUUAACGCUUCCUCGCACGGAGACGAUGGCGUAG